CCACCGCCGCGCCGAGCGGAGCCCCGGAGCUGAGCGCGGCGCGUACGGCCCCGGCCCGGCCCCGGGCUGCCCGCGCUCCGCACGGCCCCGGCGCGGCGCCGCCCAGCCCAGCCCAGCAGCCGCCGCGGGGCUCCAGGGGCGGCGGCGGUGCCGGUGCCUCUCGGGCCGCCAUGGCGCUCCGCUCCUAAAGCCGUCAGCAGCCCCGGCGCGGCCGCCCCGUCGAAGUUUUUUUCGGUGGGGAGGAAGAGGAGGAGAGGAGGAGGAGAGGAGGUGGAGGUGGAGGUGGAGGCGGUGCGGCCGCAUGCCCGCCGCGGGCCCGCGCUCGGCGCGCUCAGGUCCCUCUAGCACGUCAUGAUGGUGGAAUCCGCCUCGGAGACGAUUCGCUCCGCUCCCUCCGGCCAGAACGGGGUCAGCAGCCUCAGCAACCAGCCCGAUGGGGGCGGGGGCGGCGGCGGGGGCCGGGAGGGGGCUGCCAGCGGGGACAGCAACGGGGAGCUGAGCCCAGUGGAGCUCCUGCACUUCCAGCAGCAGCAGGCUCUCCAGGUGGCACGCCAGUUCCUGCUGCAGCAGGCCGCGGGGCUGAGCUCCCCCAGCAGCAAUGAGGGCAAGCAGCCGGCGGUGCAGGUCCCCGUGUCCGUGGCCAUGAUGUCCCCGCAGAUGAUCACGCCGCAGCAGAUGCAGCAGAUCCUGUCCCCACCACAGCUCCAGGCCCUCCUGCAGCAGCAGCAGGCAAUAAUGCUGCAGCAGUUGCAGGAAUACUACAAGAAGCAACAGGAGCAGCUUCACCUGCAGCUAUUGACACAACAGCAAGCCGGAAAGCAGCAACCCAAAGAGCAGCCGUUAGGGAACAAGCAGCUGGCAUUCCAGCAGCAGCUCCUGCAGAUGCAGCAGCUCCAGCAGCAGCACCUGUUAAACCUGCAGCGCCAGGGGCUGGUGAGCCUCCCGCCGGGCCAGGGCACCGUUCCCCUGCAGACCCUCCCCCAAGCUGUGUGCCCCUCGGACCUUCAGCAGCUCUGGAAGGAGGUCACCGCCGCCCAGCCUGUCGAAGACAGCAUCAAACAAGAGGGUCUCGACCUCACCACCAACACCUCCAACUCUACCUCGUUUUCGGCCGCCAAGGUCUCACCUCCCAUUUCCCAUCACCCUCUGCCCAAUGGGCAGAGCACCAUGCACACGCCGAGAAGGGACAGCUCUUCCCACGAAGAGACCCCCGGAUCUCACCCACUCUACGGCCACGGAGAGUGCAAGUGGCCCGGCUGCGAAACCCUCUGUGAGGACUUGGGACAGUUUGUCAAACACCUCAAUACAGAACACGCACUUGAUGACCGAAGCACAGCCCAGUGUCGAGUUCAGAUGCAAGUGGUACAGCAGCUGGAGAUACAGCUGGCAAAGGAGAGUGAGCGCCUGCAGGCCAUGAUGGCCCACCUCCACAUGAGACCUUCGGAGCCAAAGCCUUUCAGCCAACCUCUGAACCUGGUCUCGAGUGCUACCCUCUCCAAGAGCACCUCGGACACGUUCCCUGACGGCUUACCUCAUCCCCCCACCUCUGCCACGGCCCCCAUCACCCCACUGCGGCAGGGCCCCUCCGUCAUCAGCUCUUCCACGUUACACAGCGUGGGGCCCAUCCGCAGGAGGAACUCGGAGAAGUUCUGCACCCCAAUAUCUUCAGAGCUUGCACAGAACCACGAGUUUUACAAGAACGCGGACGUCCGGCCGCCCUUCACGUAUGCCUCGCUCAUCCGACAGGCCAUCCUGGAGACCCCCGACAGGCAGCUGACGCUGAAUGAGAUCUACAACUGGUUCACCAGGAUGUUUGCCUACUUCAGGAGGAACACGGCCACGUGGAAGAACGCCGUCCGCCACAACCUGAGCCUGCACAAAUGCUUCGUGCGCGUGGAGAACGUCAAGGGCGCCGUGUGGACCGUGGAUGAGCACGAGUACCAAAAGCGAAGGCCACCAAAGAUGACAGGGAGUCCGACUUUAGUCAAAAACAUGAUUUCAGGACUCGGUUACGGAGCACUUAAUGCAAGUUACCAGGCGGCGCUGGCAGAGAGCAGCUUCCCGCUGCUCAACAGCCCCACCAUGAUCAACACCAGCUCUGCCAGCGGGAUGCUGCACGUGGGCCACGACGACGUCAGCAGCACGGUGGAGCAGGUCAACAGCAACGGCAGCAGCAGCCCGCGCCUGUCCCCGCAGCAGUACAGCAGCCACCCCGUGCACGUGAAGGAGGAACCAGCUGAGGCUGAGGAUGACAGCCGGCCCGUCUCGCUGCUGGCCACCGCCACCCAGAAUGUGACAAUUCCCGACGACAGGGACCUGGAGGAGGAGCUGCCGGUGGAAGACUUGUCCUAAGGACCCCGGGCGCUGCCCGCGCUCUGGCUGCAGACAAACCCCGGCUUCUGCCUCCCCAAGGUGACCUCCGGUGUUAACCCGUUUCUUCAAGGCACUUCCACAAAGCAAAAGGGUUUCCUCGGGGCACCCGUCCUGCUCCCCACUGCCUGGUGACUGCUGGGUCCCCGGCGCAGGGGACGUGCGGCGAAACAAGAAACGAACCCCCCCGAGCUGAACGUUGUCCCCCCUCCUCCCUUGGUUAGUAACUGGUGAACGAGGAUGGUAGAUUGUUUCUGUCCGAAGUUGUCCCUCCUUCCUUCCCCACACCCACACUCCAAGGAAGGCUCCUCCAUCCCCUCGUCCCGUGCCGUGUGGCCGUGGGCUCUCUCCAAGACGCGGCUCCAGGAUGUUCCCAGACCCCCAGCGACCACCCGGGGAGGCAGAACCCCUCUGCUGAGCCUCCGCCCAGCGGGUUUUGCACUACGAGGACCCGCGGUCCUUUCCCACACGCUGCCUCCAUUUGGCUUUGGGGAAAGAAACCUCAGAAGCGGAGCCAAGAUCUGUGCUGCAGCCCCACACCACCAUCCUGCACCUGCUGGGACCCCGCGUGCCUGUGUGGCCCUGAUGUCACCACCGCUGGUGCCGCCCACCCCCUGUGUGCCGUCCUGCAGUCCCCAGUGCCAUCAGGCUGGUGGCAUCCAGGUGGUGACGACUGUCCUGGCCGGGCACUGAGGACAAAGCUCUGGCUGCAUCUUGGCGUUGGGUGCAGCGGGUGAUGGCUCUCGCAGCCAGACCCAUGCAAGGCUGGGAUGGGAAGAAUCUCUUCGCUGCGGCUGGGAUGGGCUCUGGGUCCUGCAGGAGCCACAGAGGAGGUUGGCACGCUGGAGUCCCACCGGCAGAACCCUGCCCAGGGCUCUGGUGCUGCCAUCCACGCUGCGGUGGGACGGGCUCAGCCCCACGCCGUGCCCGCUGGAGCCAGGCUUUCCAUUUCCCAUUUCGCCUUCGUUCCGUCCUCCUCUUGUGUGCGUUGCGCGUCUGCGUCCAGAUGGGAAGAUACCAAAAGAUGUCUAGAGACAGCAGGUCCGUAGUUCAGGUGAACAGAUGGUAUUGAUGCCAAAAAGAAAUAUUAAUAAUAACGAGAACGACACAACCAAACACCCCUCUUCUCCCUGCGCUUUCUUUCUCUGGUGGCAGUGGUGGUACCCAGGGCUCCCCAUGGCCCAAUCUGCACCGCCCCCCCUCCUGUCCUGGGGGAUGUAUAGUUGUGUCAUUUGGUGCUGCCUGGCUGCAGCAUUUCUCUAGGGUCAGACCUCCUUCCUCUGCUAUGGGGCACGGGGUAGGAGCUGGAGCCCCUCUCCAGUGCAGUGGCGCUGUGUGGGGCACCUCGUGGGUCUGCUGCCCCCGGUGCUGCAUUGUGUGCUGAAAAUGGGACGCGUGUUGUGGGGCACAGGCAGGGGAUCCCCAGGCGAGCACUGUUUUGUACCCACGUGUCACCUCAGCGAUGUCCCCAGGGUGCUGGCUGACCUUACAGCACAUAUCCCCUAAUUCAGCUAACUGCAACACCUGCAUGCAGAGAUGGGGCUCCCAAGAGGCCGAGCAAAGCCCCCCCACUACUUGGCAGGAGCAUCCCCGUAUUGCACCAUCCAGGCGAUGCUGAACCCCAAAGCUCACCCUGGUGGGGAGUCACCAGCAUCCCCCAGUACACCCUCCCCCCCCCCAAAAAAAAAAAACACCAACAAUCCAAACCAAUAUACGGUGGGAAGAUCCCUCAGCCCAGCUCGCCGUGCCGAGCGGAGCACGAAGCUCUCCCCUCGCUAGGUGUCCCCACUCGCCCCGCGUUCCGCCGCUCCAUCGCCGCUGCCACCGCCGCAGACGCACAAGCAGAGCGCAGCGCCGGGCAUCCCCGCCAGCCCCCACCAAAGAAGGCGAAGGGGUUAUUUCCCACCCCCCACCCCCCCACACACACACUCACACACCCCUCCCCCUACAGCUUUAUUAUUUUUAAUUUUUUUUUUUCGGUCUUUUUAAGUUAUUGUUUUAAACAAGUUUACAGCUCCGCGUGGAGGUGUGGGUGACGGUUGGCCGCUGCCGUGCGCUGCUGCUUUGCUGCCCUGCAGAGGGGCGCGGGGAGGGGGCACAGGGAUCCUCUCUGCCGUGUUGGUGCCCACCCCGCCCCCAUCCCGCACCCUCUGCAGCUCAGUUUCCCCUCAGCAUCCAUCCGGGCUUCAUUUUUAUCCCUUUAACUUAGGAAGAUUUCUUCUUUUUUUUAUCCACACAAACACUGGCAGUGCUUCCCCCUCCCCGCAACCCCUCACCUCCCCCCCCCCCCCCAACUCCACCGUGCCCUUUGCUGGAGCUUUCAGCGCUGCUUUAGGGGUUGUGGGGAGCAUUGGGGUCCCAAGCAGGGCAGCCUCCCAUGACCUCCCAACUCAAUGGGGCAGCGUGGCCAUGGGAUGCCAGGCAGGAGUUGGGGUCCCCAAGCAUAGGGAUCCCCCCAGCCAGCAGAGCCUGCUUUCCUCACAUGCUUUGGGGCCCUGAGCACCCCUGAUGGCCCCGGGAGGGGAUGAUGUGCCCUCUUAUUGUUCUUCCCACUGACAGGACGCUGCAUUCCGGGGCGUUCAGGCACAGCUGGUGGCACCUGGUGGCUCUGGUGACACUUCACUGAUGUCUUCAGCGCCUGCAUGCCUCUGCUUGCAUGCUCUGCACUGCUCCCACAGCUCCUCUCCUUGGGCUGCGUGUUUCCAUAGCUGCUCCCUUCACUCUUCUUCUCUUCCCGAGUUGCCUCCGGGGAUUUCAUUUUUUAGCAGCUCUUCCAACGCUGUUUCCCUGCGCUGGGCUGAGUGAAAGCGCGCACAGCGUGGGCACACAGCACACCGACACCUGCACGCUCACUGUGCUCCCCCCUUGGGCUGUGCUUUGUGAUGUUUCAGCUUUUCCAGCGGUACAGUCCCCCCAUCCUCCCCCCAGAACCACGAUGAGGUCCCCCCCUGCACCCCCCGAGCCCUCCUCGCCCUGUGCCCUAUAGGUUGUUAGCCGCAAUCCUGGCUCGUGAGAGCACCAUAUAUAUAUAUAUAUAUAUAUAUUAUAUAUAUAUAAGUAAAUAUAUAAAUAUAAAGGAGGUUUUUUUAAAAAAAAGCAAAAACAAAAACAAAAACAUGCACAGGUUUGGGAUGUCCCGUGGCUCUGAGCCAGUGACUCCCCCCCAGCCAAAGUGGGACCGCGGUGGGGGGAUGCAGGUGCCACGCAUUGCCCUGCUGCUCUCAGGGCCGAGCAGCCCCAUCCACACCCUGCACCCCACCAGGGAUGGACCCCCCCCGCCCCGGCUGCGUGUUUCCUUUUUCUGCCAGUUGGGAUUUGUACAGAAUUCCACAUCUUACCUCAAACACGUGCCCGGCGCAGAGGGGGGGGGGGAGGAAGGAUUGAGGACCAAACGCAGCGCGUGGCGGAGCCCCUAUGUCUGUAUAUACGGAGAUAUAUAUAUACUGGUUGGAAACCCACUACCACGAACUGUUCUCUUGCGUUGGGAUGCUGGUUCUGCCCGCGGCGGGGGCACCUCCCAUGGGCGAAGGCGUUGCUCUGCUCUCUCUCACUGAUGUCCCGAAGGAUGUACUCUGUUUUCAGUGUCCUUUUUGUUUCGUUUUGUUUUAAUUAUUAUUAUUAUUUCUAACGCUGAUUCGUUUUGUGUGGAAUCGGUGGAGGGGGGGGUGAGGAAGGGCCCAACGUGGGGGCAGCGCUGGGUGCCUGGGGGGAGGUGGGGGGGGGGGACAGCAGCAGCCCAAACUGCAUUAAACCAAAGGGUUUCUGUGCUUUGUUUACAUGACUGUCCCGCGUCACCAGCCAGGAGAAAGUCCCCACAUUUGGGUUUUUGUCCUGGAAACGCUGCGGGAGGUGGGGAACAGGAUGGAGCCGGGCAAUGGGGACCCCCCUGCACCCCAGCGCUGGGCUGAGAGCCCCUCAUGGUGCGGCCCCGAGGGGUGGGGGGGAGCAUCGCCCACCAACACUUCUCCUUUAUUUCCCCAUAUUUUUUCCCCCUCGUCGCCGGGUGGGGCGGUGACCCUGGGGAGGGGCCGGAGGGAGGCGGAUGGGGGGGACGUGUACGAAGCCCCUUCCCCACCGCUGCGUCCCUCAGUGCUGUAUAAAGGAAAUAGCGUUGCUGUGUAUUUGUACUCCGACCUUCCGUGUGUCUGCUUUGGCAGACGGUAAACCCUUGUACAGUAGGUCUAGCUGCAUGUAAUCUGUAUGGACAAUGGCAUUAUAAAAUGCAAUAAAAUGAAUUACCUAUCA